CUUUAUCAACGAUGGAUUCAACAAUUCUGAUAUAAGUGAAUCCUGUUGCGAUAAUUAAGAUAGGAAAGUCAAAAUCUUCCAUAAAAGAACCAUCGACUUAGUUGUUGAUGUAAACAGCUGACCGACAUGGCUGACGUGGAUAGCAGCAAACUAGAGAUGCCGGACUUUGUGGAUCCGGGGGGCUAUGGGGAGGUGUCGGGUGAGAUCACUAUCCCCGGCACCGUAGGCAAGGCACAGGCCGACGAAUAUAACACAUUGGAUGAACCCGUCAGAGAAACUAUUCAGAAGGGCAAAGAGGCAAGCACUGGGGAGUCUGAGCCACGGCAAUACAACACACUAGAGGAGCCUGUCAGUGUCACCAUUAUGCGAGACCUCAGGGCAGUUGGCACAAAAUUCUAUCAUGUACUUUAUCCUAAGGAAAAAAAGGCUUUAUUAAAGGAAUGGGAUCUUUGGGGCCCUCUGAUACUCUGCACAUUUCUUGCCAUGAUGGUCCAGGGUUCAGAAGAUGCUGAUAGCGGUGAUGGAGGGCCUGAGUUCGCACAAGUGUUUGUCAUCGUGUGGGUUGGUGCAGCUGUCGUCACUAUGAACACUAAGCUCCUAGGAGGAACCAUAUCCUUCUUCCAGUCUGUGUGUGUCCUGGGCUACUGCCUCUUGCCAUGCUGUGGUUCCCUCAUCCUAUGUCGCCUCAUACUCAUCGCCACGCAGAACAAGCUCCUUUUCAUCCUUAGAUUCAUCGUCACAGUCAUCGGCUUUGUCUGGGCAACCUUUGCGGCAAUGGUAUUCCUAGGUGACAGCCAGCCCAGUUCGAGGAAGGCCCUGGCCGUGUACCCCAUCCUGCUCUUCUACUUUGUGAUAUCAUGGCUGAUCUUGUCGCACACAAAUGUCUGAGGGUCCAAGUGGUUUUUAUUUGAGGUCUUUUGCUAGCUGGAGAGGUGUAUGUAGUAUUAGGAUUGUUAUAGAUUUUUUUUUCCUCCCCAAGUUCUUUUUUCAUUUUUGUGUGUUAGAUUGUGAGUGUAUAUGUGUGUGUUUGUGUAACAAGUUUUUGAGUGCAAGUUUGACCUCAGAUGAGAUUUUUUUUCCUUUUUUCUUCUCUCUAUAUAUGUGGGUAGCAUGAAUGAUGUGAUAAUUCAAGAGGAUGGUCAUUGGGUAGGAGUCAGAGAAGGAGACAAAUCUGCCUGAGUGUUUUGGCCAGAUCAAACCAGAGGCUGUUUUUUCAUUCCAGUUUGAUGCAAAUUCUGUUUAUGAAAGCUGUAUUUUGAAAAUGUUUUCUGUGGAGAAUAUCAGUGGAACAUUUCUCAUUUUCACAUGUGUAAUUUAUCCUUUCUGCUUUUCAUGUUACCUCUUUCCUUUUAUUUUCCUUUUUCACCCUUUUCCUCUUUCCUUUUCAUCUCCUCCUCCUCUCAGCGCAUGUUAUGAAGUGUGUAACUUUGCUCUCCUUUCCACAGCAUUGUUGUAUUGUAUAUAGGCAUUAAUAUAUAUAUGAAAAUCAUUCUUUAUCUCUCUCUUUAGGGGGGAAGCCUUUUGCUGGCCUGGAAGGGAUGCAUAAUAGUCAAUAUCCACUUUUAAGAGUAAUUUUUCCUGGUCACUAAAUUUAGAUUUUAACAUUAUUAUGAUUUUCCAUAUAUUAUUUAUAUCAUUAUAUAUAUUUUUUUCUUUGUGGUGACAUGGAUACAUUAAUCAUGACAUGCAUCAGUGCAGGGAUGUAAGAGUGUGAAAGAAGGAAAUAAAUAAAGAAAAAGAUUUAUAUACUGCAUUUGAUAUAGUCUUGUUUAGAAUUGCCUUCGUGUUUGUGAACAUUCCAUAACAUAUAUUAUAGAUUAAUCAUAUACAAAAAGAGAGGUUAGGGGAUUUUUUCAGGUGAAAGUAAAAUACAGACAUAUAUUUUUUUUCAUAGUCUCUCUAUGUAUCCCUGUCUUUGAGGCCUUUCCAGCAUAAAACAAACAAACAGACAAAUACACAAAUAUAAGGAGAUAAGAAUACAAAAAACAAGGAAAACAAGCAUACUUGUAAAUAGAUAAACAAACAAACAAGAAUACAAGCAGACAGACCCCCAAGCACACAUAAAACCAAAACAUAAUUGACUGCAGCUUGUAUUACUCAUACUUUAACUUCAUGUGUUCUUUGCUUGCUUUAAAAUACCCACAAUAUUUGUUCUUCCAGAUGUAAAUGCAAUGUUGUUUUUCAGCUCACAAUUAAGUUGUGCAUUUGUGCGUGUGUGUUUGUGUGUGUGCACAUUUUCAAGUGACGAAUUUGGUCAUGAAAUAAUGACUACUGUUGUUUUUGAUGCUAUUUAUUAUUACUAUUACUAUUACUAUUAGUCUCUGUUUGAAUAUAUAUAUAUUUGGAAACAUUUAUAGACUUUGGUUGUUUUGGAGCACAUAAUCUUUUUACCAAGAAUUGUAUACUUGACAAGAAAAUAUAAAUUGAAAAGUGUUUGAUACACAGAUGGAAGUACUUUUCCAGUCUUUCUCUCUCUCUCAGUUAGUGUGUGUCACUUAUAAAUAUUAUGCAGAUUAUAAAGGUUAUUAUUUGAAUCAGGAUUGCAUUGCCAAUGUCGAAUUGAUUGUUUAAUGGUUAAAAUUUAAUAUUUGAUUAUUAUACUACUUCUACCCUUGAACAUAUUCUCUCUCUCUUUUAAAUAUUUUUCUUCUUUAUCAGCUCUCAGACAUGAUGUAUCAGUUGAUUAUGACAUUCAUAAUAAUUUUCUGUUCUAAUAUAUUGUUAUUUUCAUCAGAUGAUGCUAUCUUCUCAAUAAAGUAAUUUUAAAAC